AUGCCCAAUUCAGAGUGGCGUAAACAGAGAGGUGGCCAACCCAUGACCUGGCAAAGGAGUAUGAAGGAGAUCACGAAACGCUUGAGUGCUCUCGGUGCUACUCGCCUUUCAGGAUGGGGACCGCUUCCAAAUAUUUUCCGGACAGAAUUUUGCCAAGCGCUAAUGGUAACACAAGCAUCUUCUCGUCACCUGCAUGAACUGUUCGUGUCUUAUCUGGAUCAAACAGGCUUGCACGGCAAUUGA